GCGACCCGCUCCUCCUCCUCCUCCUCCCUUGGCGAUGCCGAACCAGAAGAGUAACAAGGGCAAGAAGAACAAGCGCGCUAACAGCAGCGGGGACGAGCAGGAAAAUGGAGCCCUGGCCACGGCGGGAGCGCCGGGCGCCGGAGGAGCCCUGGCCGCGGUGGCCGUGGCGGGAGCCAGCGGGCCAGCAGCGGCUGCAGGAGGAGGCGCGGGGGGCUCCGGGGGAGCGGCGGCCGCGGCGGGAGGCUCGGCCCCGGGCGACUCCAAGAACGAAGCACCUUGUGCUACUCCGCUGAUAUGUAGCUUUGGACGGCCCGUUGACCUAGAAAAAGACGACUACCAGAAAGUUGUAUGCAACAAUGAACAUUGUCCCUACAGCACUUGGAUGCACCUUCAGUGUUUUUAUGAAUGGGAGAGCAGUAUUUUGGCCCAGUUUAACUGUAUUGGGAGAGCAAGGAGUUGGAAUGAAAAACAAUGUCGACAAAAUAUGUGGACCAAGAAGGGAUAUGAUCUCGCCUUCCGUUUUUGCUCUUGCCGAUGUGGGCAAGGCCACUUAAAGAAAGACACAGAUUGGUAUCAAGUAAAACGAAUGCAAGAUGAAAAGAAGAAAAAGUCUGUGUCUGAAAAGGGUAGCGGAAGAUCAACAUCCGAGUCCUCAGAAGAUGUUAAAAAGUGCAGGCCUGCCAACAAACCACAGAAAGGUUUAAACCACGAUAUCCAGCGAAGGCAUUCAAUGGAUAGGCAGAACUCUCAAGAGAAAGGCACUAGCAGUAGCUAUGCCGUCCGUUCUCCCUGUGGUUCUCCUGGUCAGUCACCUCCUGCAGGUUACUCUGUUCUUGCUCCCACACAUUUCAGUGGGCCACGCUCUUCACGAUACUUAGGAGAAUUUUUGAAGAAUGCCAUUCAUCUAGAACCUCACAGGAAGAACAUAGCCAAUAGCGGCAUGUUCAGAAAUGCUCACUUUGAUUAUGGGACACCUGGUUUACAAGCACAUAGGUCAGGACAUUUUGAUGCCCCUGUACAAUUUUUAAGGAGGCUUGAUCUAUCUGAACUCCUUGCUCACAUACCCCGUCAUAAGUUGAACACUUUCCAUGUUCGGAUGGAAGAUGAUGCCCAAGUGGGUCAAGGAGAAGACCUACGGAAAUUCAUUCUUGCAGCGCUCAGUGCCAGUCACCGAAAUGUUGUCAACUGUGCAUUAUGCCACAGGGCACUGCCAGUAUUUGAACAGUUUCCAUUGGUGGAUGGAACCCUGUUUCUUAGCCCAUCGAGACAUGAUGAAAUUGAAUAUGAUGUCCCCUGUCACCUUCAAGGAAGGCUUAUGCACCUCUAUGCUGUUUGUGUAGACUGUUUAGAAGGGGUUCACAAAAUUAUCUGCAUAAAGUGCAAGUCUCGGUGGGAUGGAAGCUGGCAUCAACUGGGAACCAUGUAUACGUAUGAUAUUCUAGCAGCUUCUCCCUGUUGUCAGGCUCGACUGAACUGUAAACACUGUGGGAAACCUGUUAUAGAUGUACGUAUUGGGAUGCAGUAUUUCUCAGAAUACAGCAACGUUCAGCAGUGUCCACACUGUGGAAACUUGGACUACCAUUUUGUGAAACCAUUUUCCUCAUUUAAAGUUCUGGAGGCUUAUUGACAAAAGCUUUGCCAUAGUAAUAGCUAUUUUAUGAGUAUUGUUCCUUUUAUUUUACAUAUCUUUUAUAAGAUCUGUUCUGUGAGGGGGAGGGGGACCUAUUUUUUUUUCUAACUGAAAGAAAGUGCAGCAGCUUUGUGUGAUUGUGUACAUGUGUUCCUAUGUAGAUACAUGUCAAUAAGACCACAGCCCUCUUGCCAUCAGUGAAGGUUGGUGAUGGGGCAGCAGACUGUCUCUCCCUCUCUACAUUCACCCAAGCAGAGAGAGAAAUUCCAUUCACUCUCUUCUUUUAAUUAAGGCAGAAUAACUUCAAGAGAUGGAGAAGUUAUGGAAAACCAGUAUCUGGUUCUUAAUAGAUUUGUUUGGUCGGUUUGGGGUGAAGGAGAAAUCUUCAUUAAUGGUUUGAGGUGGUGGAAGGGAAAAUCGUAUGGCUAUCUGUCCUGAUGGAUAGAAUAUCUGUGGAACGUGAUGAACUGGCUCCAGACUAAGGAGCACUAUGUGGUUAUUUCUGCCAUUGCUCCAUGCACUCAAAUAUACUCCACCGCCUGGUAUAACAUGUGGGUUACUGAGAAGAGGGAGGGGAGGAAUACUGCAGGAUCUCAAGUUAGCAUAAUCUCUCCAUUGCUGAAUCCACAAACCUCACAUUUAUGCUCAGAUCCUCUCUGGGCAUUUACAAUGUUUGGACGAGGAAGUUGAUCAUACUGGAUGGUUGAGGAACCAAGAAUUCUUUGAGACUGCUCCUGUGUGUGCCUCUUUCAAAUGAUAAAGCUCCAUGUUUUCGUUCCCUGAUGAAUUUGCCAUUGUCAUUCCUGGGAGCAAGAUCAGGUCUUGUUAGUAUAAGUAGUGCAAGUUUCCGUCUGAUGAGGAAAUCUAAACAUUGACAGAUGAAUGUAAUGCUAUGUCAGAAAAUGCACUGUUUAAAAAUACCUUAUUUUUGCAUAGUGUCUUCCUGGAGUAUAUAUUUGAUAAUCAUAGUUAUUCUCACUGACAGAUCAUACUGUUUCCACUAACAUUGUAAUUCUAGUAGUCAGGGAACUUGCUUCUACCAAAACAAGCUUGAGAUCUUAAUAAGUUGUGUUAUUUCAGCUUCUUUGCAGGCAUUUUAAGUUGUGGUGGUCAAAAGGAUGAUUAAGCACAUUGCAAAUCUAUUAUUAAGAGAGUAUGUGCAUUCUGUUGCAUUUCUUUUCAUUUUGAUUUGACUCUUGCCUCUCAUUGCUCCAUUGUAGUAAUAGCAGGUACAAACUAAAUAGAUUAUGUCAUUUCAUGUGGUCCACUAGGCUGCCUACAUGUGAAUAAGUUUACCUAUAGGGGAAAUCUUACCUUCACAGUAGCUAAAAAGUACUAAACUAAAUUUUAAAGAACAUAACCUUUAACCACAGCCAUUAUCAUAGACACAACCCAGUGCGUACCAGUGGUUCACUUUUCGUUCCCAUACCCCAUCAAAAAAUCUACUGGUGCAGGCAUACCUUAAGAUGGUAUGUAUAUAUGUGGGCUCAUAUAUAAAUAGGCAUAGUGGAAUCAGCUAGCAUGCCUUUCAUGGCAGGUUAAAGGUUCCAGAAAAUUCUGUAGGAUUAUGGAAGAAGCUUGUGGUAACACUUACAACAACUUCCUGCCAUUCCAAAAGCACUUUGCCAUAUUGUAUGGGGAGUGCUGCUGUUAGAGAAAAACAAGCCUGAAGCCGCCUUGGGGUUCUGGAAUUAAUUCUAUGUUUUUUUUGCAUCCUGGCCUUGAACUAUGUGGUGUUAAAAGUAUGAAGGUAGAUCAUAACUUAUUUUCAAAUGUCUUUUUUGAAAUGGCACUUUGACUUAACUUGUAAAACGUUGAAUUUAACAAUGGGUUGUGGGAUUAAAAGUGAACAUAUUGAUUUUGCAAUCAAUGAGAUUUAUUAACAAAAAAUGCACAAGGUUUUAAUAUUUUGAUUGGUGUCAUUGUUUGCUUAUCAAUGUUUUGUGCAAGGCUUUUUUUCUUAAAAGGGGGAAAUGUUAAAUCUUUGGAAACUUGGUAGUCUCUUGAGUAUUUUGUUUUUCUGCACAGAUGUCUUCACAUUAGAAAUGAGUAAAUUACUCAAAAAUACAGCUUUAUGGGAAUAUAUUCAUAAGAUUAUUUCCUAAGAGGAGUAGAUAAAAUUAUUUUCUAUGAAUUAGCAGUAAGGGCAAAAUUGAAGAUCUAUGAUUGGGUUUCCCCAUGUAAUUUCCGUUUCCAAGAAAUAGCUCUGUGCAUGUGUGUAUGUGGCAAUUUGGAAUGGAGAGCAACAUGCUGGCUGGGUGUGUAGGCUUACCCUACUCCCAGGCACUCCCAGAGUUGCUGUUAGCUUCAAAAGGAAAAGCGUACAGGUAAAACAUUUUCUACUGAGUUGAUAGCAGCUUUAGGAGAGAAUGAAUUUGGGUGGGGAGGGAAGGUUAGACACCACUGCAUGCAAUUCAUCCCUAAUCAAAAUCUCUCCCCCUUCCUUCACUCUGAGCUGUUUUUAAGAGAAGAAAAUUACAUGGGGAGGUCUAAUCUCAGGCCUUCAAUGUAAGGUCUAGUUUGACCUUAAGCUACUGUCUGCAACCCAGUGCAUGGUAAUACACGCUUAAGCUAAUCACCCCAAACUCUGUACUGGCUAAUAGACACUGUGUAGCUUGGCAAAAUAUAGGGCAGCAUCCAAUGGUUUUUUCCACUUGUGGCUGUGACGUAGAAAUUCUGUGGGGAAGCCCUGAAAUGAACGGAAAUGCUAAUUUCUGUCAAGGGCAUGAUCUGACCCUUCCAGAAACGAGCAUUUCUGCUCAUUUCAGGACUUGACCCCAGAAGUGCUACAUCACAGGUGCCAGCGGAAUGGGCUGUAAGUGUGGCAGUGGCAGCCACAUGCUUACUGGGACCAGCAGGGCUGGAUCACAUGGAAGGCCCCCAUUGGAUCCUACCCGCAGUUUAUUAAAGGGGAAUCUUCCAUUAUACUUACAAGUACAAAUUUAAAGUGAAUCAGUCAUUCUUCAAGGAAUGCAAAACAAUAAAUAAAGCAAAUAUAUAAUACAUAGUAUAAUAUCUGAUAAACUAGGACUUUUGUUUAAUUUAAAAAUAUUCCAUCUCUGCAAGAGCUUUUAACUGCUUGCACAGCUUAUAUAGUAUUAUGUAUUUAAUUAAAAUUAUGCUGUUUAGAAUUCUGACUUCCAAAAAUACUCAAUUUUGAAAUGCUCUUAAUUAUUUUAGACUGGUCAACUAUAAUUACAUAUUUAGUUAUUUUCAGUUGAAUUGGAUAUUUAUGUGCAAGCAUUUUCAGAUGCUAUUUAUCUUCCAGUCAGCAUACUGCAUAUAAUUUGGCAUUUGGCAUGGAUUUCAAAUCAUGUUGCCCUGAUAAAAAGAGACAAAUGCUGGUAGAUUUAUAAUAAUACAUUUCACUUCUUGAGGCCUGAAGUUCCUUUUGACUUUGCAUCUUUGCUUGAGAGCAAAUUAAUCACUGUGUAUGUUAAUCACAGAGGCCCUGAUAAUGCGUUUAUGUGCAUAGGUUAUGGGCAUGCUUAAACCCACAAACUGCAAGCAGUUCUGCUCUGCAAUUUGUGCACUCAAGGCUCUGUUCAGCAACUAGUUUCACAGGAGGAUCACUAAGGAUGGAACGGAGGUAGGCCAGGCCACCUCUCAGUAUGGACUACUAGGAAGUCCUAUUGCCAUAGCCACUAGGUUCUCCACACACCUGUUCUGGCUGUGAGUUGGCAGCUGGUGCUCCACAGGGGGUUAGAUUGGGCUCUCAAAUUGCUGAUUCCUACUGUGGGGUAAUUGGCCCUUAAAUCAGAACAUCGGGACUAUACUUGGCCAUGACAAAAGAGAUUUUGCCAAAAAAGUGUUAAUGUUUGCAAUCAAGGACAUGGUAAAGCACCACAUACUUCUUAAGUCAAAGGUAUACUUAUGGAUAUAGCUUGAAAUCCCAAGCUUCAUGUCUUUAACUACUUGUUUUAUGUCAAAGAUAUGUUUCGUAUGCACAUCUCCCAUCGCAAUAUUUAGUAUCCCUCAAUAUUAAAAAAAUGGAGCAACCCUAUCUCACAUGGAGCUCCAUGCAUUCAUUAAAUCUGGCUGUGUGCACAUUAGAACAUAUGGAUAUAGUGCUUAUGUUUCCAUGUCAGGUGAGAUAUCUCUGCAUAAGUGUUUGUGUGUAUAGCAAACUAUAAAGAGUACUUGCAGAAUUUUCAAUUCUUAAAGGAUACAUGGAGGGUUUAGGACUAAACCAAGAGGAUUGUGGGGGGAAAGAGGUUUUUUCAGUAGUAAGUAUAAUUGGAUUUUAUGUGCAUCGAAUAUGAAUAAAGUUUUGCACAUAAGAACAUUUCCUUAUUUUAUAGUAAAGAAAAUUCAUAAGGAGAUUUUUAAACCCAUUUCACAUUAUAUUUAUUUUUAACAUCAUAUACAACCGUCUAAUGUAUGUUAGCAUCAUCAAGGUGAUUUUUGUUGUUGUCUUAAAACCAGCUAAGCUUUGAAAUACAUAUUUUAAAAAUGCCCCCCAAAUGCAAUUAAUCCUUGAUUGACAAAGAUCUGAAGUGAACUGGCUUUCUUGUUAUAUUGCUUAACACAAUAUAUUUAGGUUGGAGCGGCCAACUGGUGGGCCACAAAUGGCAUCUUUACCACUUCCCCAGGCCACUCAGAGUGUGCAAGGUGUAGUGUUGCUCUUCGCCUGUCCUUCAUGCAACUUCUGCUCCCAUUUCCUGAUGGGAGGAAUGCCUUCAGGUAAGCAAUGGCUUCCGAUGGCCUGACUAAUGAUACUUCCUGAGCAGCUUUACAUGGUAAGCAGUACUGGUCAGGCCAAAAUCAGUGUUAAGAGAGAUGUGCACUGCACUGUACACAGGAAACAUUCCUUCAAUCUGUUAUUCUGAAGUCUCUGCAAAGAUGCCCAGGCUAUGGGAGUUCUGGCUAUUCUGCAUUUGGAAGUCUUCCUUUUGUCCCAUUAUUAAUUUUAGCAUGUAGUAGAAAACAAGCUGCUAAAUUCUCUCAUCUUAUUCAGAUAGGUUAACCCCCUCCCCCAGAUGUGAGGAUGGUGUUAUUUACUGAAGCACUUGCAUUGAAGAAAGAUAUAUCAGUAAUGUGGCAGAAAACUAUUUAUUAUGUACACCGACACAUAUACAUAUCUAACAAAAUGAAAAUAUUGUUUGUCACCUUCAGAAAUAAGGUGAUUACUAUUCUGUCUGUUGCUGUAAAAGUAUGUUUAAAAUGGUAAUACUCCUAAAUGCAGUCCUUUCUAAGGAAAAAGCAGGGCAAAAUGCAUACUUCACCCUAAACAGUUUAAUGCCAACAGAACCUUGAAGCGUAAAGUUUCACUUCAGUUAGGAUGAUUCUAUGGUCAGAAUCAAACACAAGCCCAUUUAAGGAGCAAUCCUAUGUAUGUCUAGAUAUAAAAAGUCCUACAACUCCCAGUAGGAAUGCUGUGAGUUGUCGAAAUUUUUCUAUCUAAACAUGCAUAGGAUUGCCCCCUUAAGAACAUAAGUGCUCCUAAGGCUGUGUUGGAUUCUGGCCUUCGUUGAUAAUUUAACAUAUAAAAUGAAUGAAUUUUUGAGAGCAAGGUUUGAGGCAACAUGUGAUUCUGUCAGUGUGUUUUUUGGAUAGGAAGACAUGUAGCAAGUUUAUUUUCAUUUCUCUGGUUUUUAUGUACGAGGUAUUCAAGGGCAAAGUGUUGUGAGGCCACAAAGCCAGCCAUACUACAUUUGUUAGAAAAAAAGCCUUUUUCCAAAAAGAAACAAAACCCAGUUUUGGAUUGCACUUUUGAAGGGGAAAGAAUAUGUACAUAGCAAAUGAAUGUUGAUGAAAUUUAAUUGGUUAUGCCAUUUUUGUGUGGUGUUAAGUUUUUUGGUUGUGAUUUAUCUGUAUUAAAAAAAUAAAUUUCAAUGGAUU